AUAUCUAUAGUGCCCUAGUUUAGAUUAAGAUUUUUAGAUUAUAUUAUUAUACUAUUAUGGUAUUAUUUGUCAAUUUGUCAUUCAUUUUUUCGUCUAGCGUCGUGCUGUACGUACCACCGCCCACCACUAUACCAGGUGAUUACUGAAUAAAUUACCAAGUUUUUGAAAUUAAAAAUUGAAAUGGAGAAUCCUGAAGGAGAUAAAAAGUCAAGUUCUUCAGAAAAAAAACCCUAUACUAUUCAGCCAUCUUCGAGUUCUAUUGAGCAGACCUCCAAUAGUUCUUUUAUAAAAAAACUUAAAUUGACCGGUCGCAGUUUAGUAGUGUUUUAUGGAAGUCAAACAGGGACUGCAGAAGAAUUUGCUGGAAGAUUAGCCAAAGAAGGGGCCAGAUAUAAAAUGAAAGGAAUGGUAGCCGAUCCUAAAGAAUGUGAUAUGGCAGACUUGGUAGAAAUGAAAGAAAUUCAAAAGUCAUUGGCAAUUUUUUGUAUAGCAACAUAUGGUGAGGGAAACCCGACUGAUAAUGCUAUGGAUUUCUACGAUUGGCUUCAAAAUGGUAACGUCGACCUAAAAGGAUUGAAUUAUGCAGUAUUUGGAUUGGGAAAUAAGACUUACGAGAACUAUAACAGAAUUUCUAUUUACGUUGAUAAACGUUUGGAAGAAUUGGGUGCUACUAGAGUUCAUGAAAUUGGUAUAGGAGAUGAUGAUGCCAAGUAAAUAUUAAUAUUAUUUUUCAUCUAA